GAACCAUAGGCAGUCUUGAAAAUUACUUGCAAACCUCGUGCUUUCAAAAUAUUGAGGCCAAGCUGACAAGCUCUUCCCUUUAUGCGCAGAUUUGUGAGGUUUCAAGCCCGAGACUUUUGAAGGCCGGUGGCUUGAUUCCUUGAAGCACCAUGGCAACGUCGAUGAUGGCAAGCUUGAAGGCUCCUUCCAAACCAGAGGAAUGGAUUCCCACAGAAAUUGUCCCGGAGACAGACUUGAGUUUGCCUCGGAAAAGCAUUGAAGCUCAGCACAAGCCGGAGGAGGAGCUUGCAGAGGACCCGGCCCCUUGUCCGUAUGAGGUGGAUGAUAUGCAGGAUCCAUUCCCGUAUAUCAUGAAGCAAGAUAGCAAGAAAACGCCACGCUCUUCCUACUACCAAUGGCACUUUCCUGAAGGUCUUCCAAAGGAUCAUCCAGCCUCACCAAAUCGUCGCUUACAUGAGACGCGUCAAGCAGCCAUGAAGGAGUUUAUGACUGAGAUGCAACAGAGUCCUACACUUCUAAAGCGUGAGAUUUGUGCUCGAAGAGGUGAGCCUCAGCGCUGGUUUGAGCCACUGGUCGACUUUCUCAGGUGCAAUUGACGGAGCGACGGCAGGAAGAAGGAGGAACGGAACAGAGGGCCAUGGAGGGCCAUGGGUCGUUAAUGAGACAGAGGUCCAUGGGCCAUGGGUGCCUCGGUUUGCGAGACGUGGUCCCGAUGUCGGCUCCAAUGCAGCCAUGACAAGGGACAGACUAAUUGAAUAGUGCCCAAGGCACCGUCAAUUUUGAUUUUGAUAUUUGACAUAGGAGCAUUGAUUGAAUGCCCCAAGUUGUCACUCUAUCCAAGCAAGGAUGGUUUUGGCUCGAGAUUGAUAUAUGACAAGCAUCCGCAAUCCCAUUUUGGC